UAAUAUUUAACACGAUUGACGAAAACAACCUGCGAUUAUCCCGAUGAUUAACUCGAUAUAGACGGAUAAUUGGUGUAGAUCGAUGUCGAUUCCGCUUUCAAUUAAUAGAAAACAUUGUUUCAAAUAGUUUGUUAUUAUAUUUCCCCAUAACCCUCAUUACAAUCAUACAUUCCGGAUUUAUCACAUAUUUUCGCGAAACAGCCGUUGUCGAAAAAAAAAUACCUUUGGACGUUUGGUGAAGUUGUACUUUCCAAUGUUCUUUUUCGGAAAUGGGUUUCUGUUUGCCUUAAAAUUAAUUUACUUUUCUAAAAACAUAAAAACUUUCAUAUAUGUAAAAAAUGCAAAAGGAAGAAGGUUAUGCUUUUUGGCGUAAUACUCUCCAAGGGGCGCAAUAUGUUGUGGCCCCGAUGGUGGAUCAGAGUGAACUUGCAUGGAGAAUGUUGAGUAGGAAGUAUAAGGCACAGCUCUGUUAUACUCCUAUGUUUCAUAGCUCUGUCUUUGCUAGAGAUCCUCACUACAGAAAGGAGUCGUUACAGACCUGCUCUGAAGAUAGGCCACUUAUUGUUCAGUUUUGCGGAAAUGAUCCAGACAUAAUUGUAACUGCUGCUAAAAUGGCUGAAGACUAUUGUGAUGCAAUUGAUCUCAACCUUGGGUGUCCGCAGAUGAUAGCUAAGCGUGGUCACUACGGGGCUUUCCUGCAGGAUGAAUGGGACCUUCUUGAAAAAAUAGUCAGAAAAUGCCACAAAGAGCUAAAGGUCCCAAUCACAUGUAAGAUACGGGUGUUUGAAAGUGUCGACAAGACUGUUCAAUAUGCACAGAUGUUGGAACGAGCAGGCUGCCAGUUGCUAACUGUUCAUGGAAGGACCCGGGAAAUGAAAGGCAGACUGACUGGUCUAGCUGACUGGAAAGUGAUCAAAGCAGUCAAAGAUGCAGUGAGAAUCCCAGUGUUUGCAAAUGGCAACAUACAGUACCUGUCUGAUGUGAAGAGGUGCAUGGAAGAGACAGGAGUAGAUGGGGUGAUGACAGCAGAGGGUAACCUUCACAACCCAGCCCUGUUUGCUGGGGUGAACCCCCCUAUCUGGCAGAUGUGUGAGGAGUAUUUGGAUUUCGCUGAAAAAUACCCCUGUCAGCUUUCAUAUAUCAGGGGUCAUGUCUUCAAGAUUCUCCACCAUGGUUUACAUCUGCAUCCAGACAUCAGAGACAUGGUGGGGGUGGCACGCUCAGUCGAGUGUCUGCGAAAAGCUGUGUUGCUUAUAAAAGAAAGAGGCCUGGCCGAGAUGGAUAAAGAAGAUUUUGAUUCUUGUGGGGGAUUAUUUGGCCGUCUGCCGUUGCCCUACUGGUAUUGUCAGCCUUAUGUUCGACCAAGCCCGGAGGAGGAGGAAGACAACCGGAAGAAGCGUGAUAUACUCACCAGACUCGCCGUCAUAGAGGAGCUGGUGAAUGUGGAGGGACUGUCCAAGAAUAAAGUGAAGAAGCGACUGAGAAACCCAAACAAGGACUUUACUGGCAAGAAGAAAAUUAAGUUUGACAUCUGCACAAGUGACACAUGUAAUAAUCCAAGGGGUCAGAAGUGUAACCACAAUCUCUGCAAAAGCUGCUGCAGGCGCAAAACUUCCGUAGAAGUUGUUGAUUGUGAAGGUCACAAAAUACAUUUCACUACUCAUCCUGAGUUACUAAAAAGACAAAUGGCAGAUCGAGUGAUGGGUGACAUCGCACCAUGUGAUAAUCGCACUUGUGACACCUCAGAAGAUACUGACAGUGCUUCAUUGCUUGCGGACAAUAUAGAUACUUAUGAGCACAAUGAGGGGGGAUUUAGCCGUGCAUCUGUGAGUGUUACAGUAUCUCAACUGUUGUGAUGCCACCUACUUGUAAGGAAAUGAAUUUAAAAAUGAAAAUAAAAAAGAACCAUUAUUGUUGCAUAUUUUAAGUUUUCAUGAUAAACAAAAACUCAUUGUUCUCGCAUUAAAUAUCGCGGCUUUUGUAAACUCCUGCUUAUAGGCUUCUAAUUUUAAUUUGUCAGAGACUGUUACCCAAAUCAAGAGGUUAUAAGUUACAAAUCGAUUCAUACACAGAGAGUAUAAUGUGUGAAACGUGUUUGUAUAGUGUGAGCAUAUUUUUUUUGUAAAAACUAUAAUAAUUACUUGAUGUACCAUUAAGUACUUUCCAGAUUGGAAUGGAUUUCUGGAUGUUUCAGAAGUUGUACGGUCAUGCAAAAAAAUACAGACAUUACAUAUAAAGACCGAAUGCCUUGAUGUUUUGAAUAGCUUUGAUUCCUUCAUACCUAUAGAAUAAAGUGUAUAUAGUUAAA